GGGGCAAGCCUGCUAACAAACUGUUCCUUUUCCCCUCCCAGAGAAGUGUGAGGCUCCCUUCGUACAUCUUGCAUACCGUAUGUGUAUCCUGCCAGAAACCACAUUGAAGCUCUCGUGGUCUGCUGCCUCGGACUACUGCUUGAGGCAUGGAGCAGUGCUUGCUCAGGACGCUGUGGUGAUCAAGACCAGGAGAUACCUCAACGACCUCUAUGGUGAAACAGGGACACGUGAGCGGUGGCCCCUGUGGGUUGGCGGGAAGGAAAUAAUGAAGGAUCACGAGAAGACGUGGAUGUGGGCAGACAGCUCAUUAGUUCCAGACUUCCUAUGGAACAAAGGUCAUCCUCGAUCCUACACUCGUCGUCAGGCUCCUGACGGCACCUGCAUGUUCCUCGAUGGAUACAAAAAUUUCUAUGCCUCUAGCCUACCCUGCCACUAUAGGCGACGCUUCGUAUGUCAGCUCCCUGACUAAUGCUGCUACCAGAAUCUGCUUCUAUGAGAAAAUGGUUGCAUCUGGAGAGAAUGCUAUAAAAAUGUAUAAGAAACCCAGCCCUACUUUAAGUCAUAUCAAAUUAAAAAUGCUUUAUUUUGAAAUGUACAUAAUUGUUAGCUCAUACAUUUUGAAAAAGACCCUGACUGUUCGGACAAUAAAUCCAGAACUUACAACUACUUAAUAUUAUGUACACUAGUUAAAAAUUGUUUGAAUGCCAACAUUCAGUUAUGUUCUACGUAAAUUUACAUUAAAGUUAUGUGGCGAUUCUGACAUUAUUUUUGAUGCUGUUGAGGGAGAGUACCUUAAGAAUCUUUGAGGCAUGCAAAGAGUACGUAACCUUUAUUCGGCGCAUGUACACACCCUCAUUUACAGGCUAUCUCCCCCAACCAGCGAACCAGGGAAAUGAGGGUUGACGAUGGGGCCCCGUCGUUCAAUCAGUACCCAGGUUCCAGCCAAUGAGAAGACGGUUUUGGCAAUCGCAGAGGUUAUGUGGGUACCACUCACCUGUCUGCCCUUGUCAUUCCCAUUCUAGCACUGGUUGAAGCACGGUCUGCUCUGUAGUGGCUUCUAUUCUGCCUUGCUUACCGUGUAGUACACUAAUACCUAUUGUUGUACAUAGUGUAUAUAGUGUACAUACUUCUGUUCUAAAUUGGUGAAGGAUAAUAUAAGUCAAAAGUUUU